AUGAUUUCAAGAGCUGUGCUACGACAACACCAGGUGGCGAGGUCUGCCCUUUCAAUUCGCUCUAUGUCAAGCGCUACUCUGCCUGCAAGAAGAUCUUCACACUUACAACCCUUUUCUCGAUCAAUAAAGCCAUUUCCUCCCCGAUUAUGCCAGAGACAUUCAUCUACCCAUACCCAAGAGGACAGCUCCAAGAAAGAAGCUGCUACUCCUGAGGAGAAUGGGAAAGAAGAAAAGCCCGAGGAAUCGGAAGACCCUGUUCAGAAAGAGCUUGAAGUUAUGAAAAAAGAAAUUAUUGAUCUCAAGGAUAAAUAUCUCCGAUCCGUGGCCGAUUUCCGCAAUCUCCAAGAACGCACACGGAGAGAAGUAGAGUCUGCCCGGAAUUUUGCCAUUCAGCGAUUCGCAACGGACCUCCUCGAUUCCAUUGACAACCUUGACCGUGCCCUUUCUGCCGUCCCCGCUGAGAAAAUCACUGGCGAGGCAUUGAAGGAGAACAAGGACUUGGCCGAUUUAGUGUCUGGUCUUAGAAUGACAGAGCGUGUAUUAUUCAGCACCUUGAAUAAGCAUGGAUUGGAGAGAUUCGAUCCUUCCGAGCUGGUUGAGGGCAAACCCCAAAAGUUUGAUCCGAAACUACACGAAGCGACGUUCAUGGUGGCGGCGGAGGGGAAGGAGGACGGUGACGUGCUUCACGCUCAAUCCAAAGGAUUUACUCUUAAUGGCCGUACACUAAGGGCUGCAAAAGUUGGAGUUGUGAAAAACUCAUAG